AUGUUUUUCCACGUGAUAAAUAACGUGUCAUGUGAUAAGAAGAAAAAUGGCAGCUUGCAGCUUUAAAAAUCUCACUGGAAGAAUCCUUUCAAUUUACGUUUUAUUUUUGUCACCAUUAUUGGUUUCAUCAGUAAUGCAGACCAAUUGUAAACCAGACCAUAAGAUGGAUAAUGCUAGAGUGACCAUUAUAAAUAACACUACAAAACCUGGAGUCUCCUCUUUAGAUCUACUUGUUUCCACCAUAACAGCUGAAUGUUAUACUUGUGAUCUACAGCCUACAAUAGUAGUUAACUACAGUUCUAGUUGUACCAUUCUACUAGACUCUCGAUGGUCAAUGAGAGUGGCAAUUAAAGGUCUCAAUCCUGCGUACAGUACUUCAUCCAGCUGUAGUGAAUUUAAUUUGACAACACAUUUCAAAGAAUAUGGAGAAUACAAUAUAUAUGUAGAGUUAAUGAAAGACAAGAUUAAAUGUAAAGGACCCAUUUUAAUGAACGCUCCAGCUGAUAGCAAUAUACCUAUAUACAUUAUGCUAGGAGGAUUUGUCUUUGCAGCUGCUGUGUUUGUGCUGGGUAUUAAGUUUUAUAGAGGUCACUUGUGCAGUAAGCUUUUGAUGCAGUCUGGAAAUGAACAUCUUAUCGAUCCUAAAAAAUCAAAACAGGAUGUUAAUACUGAUGGUGUUAAAAGAAACUCUUUGAAGGGAAACCAGAUUGGUCUAAGAAAGCGACAAGUAAAAUCAUCUGCCACUAGAGGGCAGAGUAGUUAUGCCUCACAAGACCUUGGUUCAUCACCUGAUCUUGGUACUAUGCAGACCAAUAUAAACCCAACAGGAACUCCAGAAAGCAAAAAACCAAAGAAAGAGAGGCUUAAAUCACUAGAUACAUUUAGAGGAUUGAGUUUAACCAUUAUGUGUUUUGUUAAUUAUGGUGGUGGGGGAUAUUGGUUCUUUAAUCAUUCAGACUGGAAUGGUUUAACUGUAGCAGAUUUAGUAAUGCCUUGGUUUGUAUUUAUAAUGGGGACAUCCAUGGCAUACUCUUACACUAGCUUACUGAGAUCUAACACACCUAAAUAUAAAAUGUUCUUGAAGAUAUUUAAGAGAUCUUGUAUAUUGUUUGUGCUGGGAUUAGUUAUCAACUCAGAGGGCUGCAAUGCUGUUGAACUUACCAAAUUUCGUAUGCCUGGAGUAUUACAAAGAUUUGCAGGAACCUAUUUGAUAACAGCAACUCUGCAUAUGUUCUUUGCCAAAUUAGAAGACGGUCCCAAUACUCCCGUUCGUACAAAUCCAGUUAGAGACAUAACAGAUUAUCCUUUAGAAUGGAUAAUUAAUUUUCUCUUCAUUGGAAUAUAUUAUAUUCUCAUGUUUGGACUUGAUGUUCCUGGCUGUCCUAAAGGAUAUUUAGGACCUGGUGGAUUAUCAGAAAAUAGUAGUCAUUUCAACUGUACUGGUGGUGCAGCAGGAUAUAUAGAUAGAAAAUUCUUUGGCUUAGAUCACAUCUAUCAAAAUCCUACAUCUAAGGAGAUCUAUAAAAACACAAUAGCGUAUGAUCCAGAGGGACUACUGGGAACACUGACAUCAUGUGUUAUAUGUUUCCUUGGACUACAGGCAGGGAAAAUUUUUAUGACAUUUAAAACCAGACAACAAAGAGUAAAAAGACUCCUCAUAUGGGGAUUUGCAUUGUGCUUUAUAGCGGGAAUUCUCUGUAAAUUUAGUAAAAAUGAAGGUUGGAUUCCUGUUAAUAAAAACCUAUGGUCAGUGUCAUUUAUAUUCUGUACUGGAGGAUUUGCCUUUAUUUUACUGACAUUCUGUUACCUGAUGAUAGAUGAAUGGAAAAUCUGGAAUGGUGCUCCAUUUUAUUAUCCAGGUAUGAACUCAAUACUGCUGUAUAUGGGACAUGAACUUUUUCAUCAUAACUUCCCAAUAAGCUGGAGAGUCCCACAACACCAUGGCAGUCUGUUAGCAUUAGACAUUUACGGAACUGCAAUCUGGCUUGUUGUAGCAUUAUACUGUUUCCAUAAAAAUCUCUUCUUUGUUAUAUGAAUGAAUGUUUUGAUAAAGAAUUGUAAUUUUUUGAUAAAAUAUAUACAAAUAUUGAAUAACUGAAAUUUUUGUAAGAAUUUUGUGUUAUUCUUUUUUGAUUUGCUUUCUUGUAUACACAUUUUAAAAAAUUGGUUGUUUUGCUGUUAUUUUUAUAUUCAAUUAUUAUGUACUGAUAAUUCAGAAUCUAAUGUGUGCACUUGUGUGUUUUUUUCUUCAAUAAAAGACAAUAAUGCAGAAUGAAUUGAAUAUAAUCGUGUAGAGAACUGGGGAUUCAUUUAUUUUCAUGGGUACAAAACUUGCCUUUUCGUUGAUAUGUGAUAUUCUAGUUUUGCCAAAGUCUGUGUAAAGCCUAAAAGAAAAUUUGUCAUUUGUUGAACAUUUAAAUUUUUUGGUUCUCCAGAAUCUGUACCCAUGAAACCAUAAAAAUUGGUAUCUAACAAAUAAUAAUGAAUCCACAUUAUUCUUUAAAAAA